GACGUCGCCAUAGCGACCAUUCUAGGCAGUCGUCAACACGCAGCGUUUGCAGCAGCGUCAUGUUCGACUUUCAUUUUUUUGACAGAUGCACAGAAAAAAAAUUACUGAACUGGAGUGGAUUCCAAAUCUUUGGAGUCGACUCUGGAUAGCUAGCCUCCUGGAAUCGACUCCUCGAUUCUUUUAUCCAGUUCUACUGCAUACACCGUAUGGCUUUAGAGAUUUCUGUUUUGAGGUGAUUUAUCGUUCCUCUACGCUGUAGGGGGAAAUGCAACGCUACAAUUAAAAACAGAUUGCAUAUUACUUGUACACGCUGGGUCGAUGUGACCGGCUAAUGGUCUCAGGGAUUUCGCGUACUGAGUGGGAAGGCCUAAAAGGGGAAGGGCAGAGAACAGCAAAACUCGCAGCGGGUCUGAACUGCCCCUACGCCGAUCAAAGACAGUCCGAGUCUCCGCUGUGAUGGCAGAGAGCCCCAGCCUGCUCUCGCCCGUCGCCGUGUACUCGCUCUCAGCCUGCGCCGCACAGUUUGCGGCGGGCUACUUGCUGGCGCUGCUGUGGGGCAGAAAGUGCUCAGCGGCAGACAGAUGGGUCCUGGUGUGGCUCUUCUACGAUGCGAUCGUACACAUCACCCUGGAAGGUCCAUUCGUCUACAUGUCACUAAUCGGCACCGUUGAAACCUCGGACAACCUCAUUGCCGAACUGUGGAAGGAGUAUGGCAAGGCAGACCGACGCUGGCUUCACUCGGACCCAAACAUCGUGUCCCUAGAGCUGCUGACGGUGGUGCUGGGUGGCUUGCUAGCCUUGGUGCUCGUCUACGCCAUCAUCAAAGACAAACACUACAGGCACUUUGUCCAGAUUACCCUGUGUGUGUGUGAGCUGUACGGAGGUUGGAUGACAUUCUGCCCAGACUGGCUGGCUGGCAGCCCCAGCCUUAACACCAGCAACUGGCUUUACUUGUGGAUCUACCUCGUGUUCUUCAAUGGCGUGUGGGUGGUCGUUCCAGGACUGUUACUCUGGCAGUCGUGGCUUUGGCUGAAGGGAAUGCACAAACCACAGAGAAGUGUGUCUUCGAAGAAAGCUGAAUAAAAUGUCAUGUAUAUGGAAGUGGUCGGUGGAUGGAGUGGAGGCUCUGCAGCGUGUCGGUUGCUAUGUCAACAACUGGAAGGUUGCUGGUUCAAAUCCCAUGAUUGUCUGGAGUGAUUCUACUCCGUUGGGCCCUUGAACAAGUCCCUUAACCUGUAAUAGCUUUGUCCUGGGUAUGACGUUACCUUUAGGAAAUCUAUGCAGGUGUAGUGAUUGUUUCAAGGUGAUGAGUGAUUUACCAUCUGAAACACAUCGGUUGAUGUGCAGAUAGAAAAUGGAGUCGUCUCAAUGGUCUAGAAAGCUCGAGACAAAAAGCUGUGACUUAACUAGAUAAUGAUGAUUAUCUAUGAGGAUGAUGGUGUAAAUAAGUGGGAAGUUGUGUGUGGAGAAACAUGCCUGGACUUUCCUCCAGAUCCCUUCACACACUUCUACUACAAACAUGCCCAGACACGAUUCUGGAUUUUUCCACACAGAUCUUUCAAUUUCACAUUAAAAUAACGACUGUAGCCACA